GUAAAAAACACUGUUUGAUAAAUUAUCUUAUCAAUCAUUUAAACAUUAUGGCUUUAGAAACUGAUCCAAAUAUUACGAUCGAAAACGAAUUUUAACUGGUAUUUCACAUGUAACUGACAGUGCAGGAUUCGCCAUGGAGAUUUUGAUUGACGAAGAUUUUGUCAUUUUAAAGAAAACAUUAGGCAAGAUGGAUUGAAAGAUAAUGCAUUGAUUUAAUCUCUGUUCGAACAUUGGAAGGUUUUAUUUCGCCAAAAUAAAAGUUAGCAAACAGAUAAUAAUGCACUGGCAAUUGUUUACCAAGAGAGAUAAUAAAGACCGUUGGUUUUAUACAGCAAACUGACACUAUUAAAGGAUUUAUACUUCACACGGGAAUUCCUGAUUCCAAAUAUUUACCACCAGCAGUUUAGUGUUUAUGACUGCGAUAAAAGGUGCAAGUCAAAUAUUUUUCUAACAAUUCCGUGCUCGGACAUUUGGUUUAAGCACACACUGAGUGUGGCGAAUCUUUAAUUACCUAAUUAAGUUAAGGAAGGGGAGGAGGACAUAAAUUAUUUUGUGAUUUGUCCUACACGAGUACGGAUAUAGCUGAAGGAUCUACCGGGGUUGGUUUGAAAAUGUAGAAGGAACCGCAGAACCAGAAGAAAAGAUUGAGGAACCCGGAAAUACUCCAGCCAUGUCGGAGCCAAGUGAGCGCGCGCCGGAGGGUGACCCCGUUGACGUCACGGGAGGGGAACAGCAAGCGACUAAUAAGGAAGAAACAACCGAUGGUGAGCCAGCCCAGCAGGAAGUGACUGGUGCCGACGCAGAGCAGGCGGUAGAAUCAGGCGCCGAACAUACUCAGGCAGAAACCACGGAACCAGAAUCACAACCUGAGAAUACUGCAGAAACAGAUAAGCCAAAUACUGAACCGCUGGUUACAAAUGACGACAACAUAGAUGAGACGAAAACAGACGACAAGGAUGCAGACGAUAUAGGAAACACUAAAACCACAAUGAAUGUCCAGGAAAAAUCAGAACCAACCGAACCAGGGGAGUCACUGGACAAGGCCGAGUAUGAGAAGCAGAUCCGCGAGAACGAGGAACUCAGCCACAAGUUCGAGUCCGCCCUCAGCAAUCAGGAGGCAGAAAGAGAUGCAUACAGGAAACUGACAGAGGAAAAUGCUCGGCUACAGAAGCAUCACGACGACAUGAAGACCAGGUACGAGGAAAUGGAGCGAGGCCAUGUCGCCAUGGAGACCGAGCUUGCAGACCUCAGGAAGGCGGACGCCGAGAAACGUGACGCCAUUGGCCGCCUCGAAAGCGAGGUCCGUGUGCUUAAGGAGACGCAGGGCGGCGACGACAACAUGCGGGCGCUACAGGAGAAGCUGAUCAGGCUCUCGGACGACCAGGAGAAGAAAGACCGCACUAUCCACGAUCUGCAGGGGGAGCUAGAUGCAACAAAAAAGCGCCUCAAGGACGCGGAGGACAGGGCGGCUAAGAAUGGAGGGACAGAAGGCGCUCCGCAGUCAAAAACGUGUGUCGUCAUGUAGUGUGAUUUAUUUAAAUUGUGUAAAAUGGAGAUGGCAUUAGUUACUGUUCGCCAACAUUGUUGUUUAUGCCACAAGAUUAUCGGAAUGGAAUGAAACAGAGAUUGUCAUAUCAAAGUUAUAGAUUGUUAUGGACCGGGUUUAUUUGAUGGACAUAUAUAUCAAUAUUUUAAGCAUCAAAUUUCUUGGCGUUAUACUUGCAUAUUUAAAAAUAUCUAUAUGGUUACAAAUAUCUAUAAUUAUCAUAAUCUGUGAUACAACAUUAAAUUAUAUUCAUUUAUUUAUUUAUUUGUUUAAAUAUUCACAAAAUAAAAUCGUA